UCCAACCGGAAGCCCAAAGGCAGCGCGCUCUCUCGCCAGCCCACUCCAUCUUGUCGCUGUGUGUUUGUGUGUGUAUGCGCCGCGUGAGCUUCCCCAUUCCAAUCAGAACGCGAGCGCAAGGAGUCGCCGUCGAAUUCGGAAUUCCUCGCCUUCAGUUGGAUUCCGAACGUUUAUGCGCGACACGCGAAACGCAGCGAAUGAGGCGAGCGAAACGCGAAUUGCCGUCGCCAAAAAGUAAAACCGCAAGCAAACGAAAAAGUGAUAUACUGUUCGAUCGAAAGCAGCAAACAUCCAUCAAUCGCUUCGAACCUGGAAAACUCGCACUUCUAAUAGCCGCAUUUUGAUUAAUUAAACGAGUUUCGGUUCUCGCAGCCGCCGCCGCCAUUGGUCAUCAUCUCGUAUCUUGUAUCUCUGAGAUACAGCUAACUAGCUGGCUAGCUGACCAUGCCGAAAGUGUAUCUGUGAGUGCUGUGUAUCCAUCGGCUGUCUGUGAAUCUCGUGUGAUUUGUGGCGCUUUCCUAGACAGCAGACACCGCCACCAUUCAAAAUCAAAUCAAAACAAAGACCCACAAAACGUUCGCGGUGAAAACAAUGAAUGCGAUUUAAAGGCAGUUUACAUUUCCGUUUAAACGCCCAACAAAAAGGCCAUUAGGUGCCAUAACUGCCAAUUGGCAUACGAAUCUUGAUUAGCAUAAAUCAAGCAAGGCAAUUGGAGAGUCGUUGAGAUACAAAACGGAGGGAAAGAUACAGAUAUUCGCUGCUGGUGCCAAACUAAUCCACAUCGGAUCAGUUGUCGACCCGCGACUAUCCGCACUUCAGCGGCGACCAUCAGAACGUGACGCUGCCGUUUGCCUCUGCCUCCGGAUCCUCAGCCGCAUCCACCUCCUCAUCCGCCUCAGCCUCCCACGCCGCCGCCGUAAAGAUGUACCACAGCAGCGCCGUAGCGGCAUACACGGACCUGGCUGCCGCUGGGAGUGCGGCCAGUGCCGGAGUGGGGGUCGGGGUGUCCGGCUACCACCAGCAGGCAGUGAACGCCCCCGUCUACGUGCCCUCCAAUCGCCAGUACAACCAUGUGGCCGCCCAUUUUGGCAGUGCUGCUGCCCAGAAUGCCUGGACCACGGACAGCUUUGGAUCUGCGCAUGCGCAGCUGCCGGCGCAGUUCUAUUCCCCCAACGCCGCCGUGAUGAUGGGCUCCUGGCGAAGUGCCUACGAUCCGUCGGGCUUCCAACGCUCCUCGCCCUACGAGAGCGCCAUGGACUUCCAGUUCGGCGAGGGACGCGAGUGCGUCAACUGUGGCGCCAUAUCCACUCCGCUGUGGCGACGGGAUGGAACUGGUCACUACCUGUGCAACGCCUGCGGGCUUUACCACAAGAUGAACGGAAUGAACCGGCCGCUGAUCAAGCCCAGCAAGCGCCUGGUGAGUGCAACUGCCACCAGAAGAAUGGGUCUAUGCUGCACAAACUGCGGCACACGAACCACGACACUUUGGCGGCGAAACAACGACGGCGAGCCCGUGUGCAAUGCCUGCGGACUGUACUACAAGUUGCACGGUGUCAACAGACCCCUGGCCAUGCGCAAGGAUGGCAUCCAGACGAGGAAGCGGAAGCCCAAGAAGACGGGCAGUGGCUCGGCGGGGGGAGCGGGCAGUGGGUCCGGUUCGGGAUCCACCUUGGAGGCCAUCAAGGAGUGCAAGGAAGAGCACGAUCUCAAGCCCUCGCUUAGUCUGGAGCGGCACAGCCUCGGCAAACUGCAUGCGGAUCUGAAGAGCAGCUCCAGCAGUAGCAGCACCUUGAUGGGGCACCACAGCGCCCAGCAGCAGCAGCAGCAGCAACAGCAGCAGCAACAACAGCAGCAGCAGCAACAGCAGGCGGCCCACCAGCAAUGCUUUCCCCUCUACGGCCAGGCGACGACGCAGCAGCAGCACCAGCAGCAUGGUCACGGGAUGACGCCCAGCUCCGCCCAGUCCCAGUUGAGUGCCCGCCAGCUGCACGGGGCGGCAGGAUCGCAGCUCUACACGCCCGGCAGCAGUGGCUCGGGCGGAGGAGGCAGUGCAUCCGCCUACACCUCGCACAGUGCCGAGACGCCCACCCUGAGCAAUGGCACUCCGUCGCCCCACUACCAGCAUCACCAUCACCUGGGUGGAUCCCACGGUCAUCAUGUGACGGCGGCGGCCCAUCAUCAUCUGCAUGCAGCCGCAGCUGCCGCUGCCUAUGGAGUGAAAACGGAGGCGAGUGCCACCAACUACGACUAUGUGAACAACUGCUACUUCGGGGGCACCUUCGGGGCCCUGGGAGGAGCUGCCUCCACGGCGGCCAUGGCGGGCGGAGCGGCCAGUGAGCUGGCCGGCUAUCAUCACCAGCACAACGUCAUCCAGGCGGCCAAGCUGAUGGCCACCUCGUAAGGUUCUGGACACUGGACACUGGCUCUGUGAUGUGAUCUCCCUCCUCCUCCUCCUCCUCACCAGCUGCACCCCACCUGGAAGCCCGCACCAUGGCAUUGAAAAGACUUUAGACCUAUUUAGCCUUAGUACUAAUCAGCUCCGUUUGCAAGUCUAAUUUUUAUAAAGUUAAGCUAUAUCUCAAGGGUUCCAUAUUUACUUUUGCUAAUCCUAAAUCUUAAAUCUUUCAGGAUAUGUUAAAAUUUAAUUCAAAUUAGAAAUGCAAACGGGGUGUUUCUAGGUUAAGAUGUGCUAGUUUUUAUGUCUUGUAAAUAGCUAAUGGCAAUUCUCGUUGUACAAAUCUACUUCUAUAUGUUUGUGCUAACCAUAGAGUUUUAUAUAUAUGUGUGUACAGAUAUCGUUUAUCGCUUUGUUUAUAAUGUAGUUGCAUUUAGGUCUUAACCGUAACUCUUGUUCGUCUAGCUUAAAUAUUCGAUGUGCACUUCGCACUCCCCACCCACCCUUUUCAUAGAACAUUUAGCUGUAAUCGUACUUGGUAGUAUAGUAUUAUUUUAACUCUGCUCCUUUAAAUAUCAAAGCUGAAUAAAGAUUGUAUUACAACGUA